UCAAAAAGUGUCACACUGACCAAUCCACUAGAUGGCGGUAAUGUACCAGUAAAUGAGUUUGUCAUGCGCGCACUUCGAACAUAAUCGGCAGCAUCCUGUGCCGUAGAAGAAGAAAAUACUUACAGAGGACUUCCUGGAUGCUCGUCUGUGAAUGUAAACAGAGAAAUGUCGCAGUCUCCAGACAGCAGGAGCCUUUUAUCCGCUUCUUCCCAGCUCAACCUGAUGGAAGUAGAGUCGAUUGACGAUAAGGAGUUUGACAUUCCCCAAGUGGACACCCCCCCCACACUGGAGAGCAUCCUCAGUCAGAUGGAGGAGGAGGAGGACCCUUUCGUUCUGGAGGACACCUGCCUUUUAAACACGGACAACAUGGACGCUCAGUCCUACGACACGUCCUCCUUGGCCAGCUCUGACAGCGGAGACCCAGCACACCUCAAACGAAAGAGAAGGACUCUGGAUCAGAACGCAGCAGUUCACGGCUCGGUUCUUCGCCUCAGCCUGCUAAAGGGCAUCUCCGCUCAGAUAGUUGCUGCUGCUGACAAAGUGGAUGCUGGGCUGCCCACUGCAAUAGCCAUGUCUGGUGUUAUUGCCGUAGGAACAUCUCAUGGUCUUGCCCUGGUGUUUGACACCAACCAGGCUCUGCGGCUCUGUCUGGGCAACAAGACAACCGGAGCGGAGUUCGGCGCCGUUUCGGCUCUUAGCAUCAACCACGACUGCUCACGUCUGCUAUGUGGCUUUGCCAAGGGUCAGAUUACAAUGUGGGAUCUCGCCAACGGAAAGCUUUUGAGGACCAUCACUGAUGCCCAUCCUCCAGGGACGGCCAUACUGCAUGUGAAGUUCACAGAUGACCCAACUCUGGCCGUGUGCAACGACAGCGGAGGGUCUGUGUUUGAGCUGACCUUCAGGAGGGUGAUGGGGAUGCGCUCAUGCGACUCACGAUGUCUCUUCAGCGGCUCUAAAGGAGAGGUGUGCUGUAUAGAACCGCUGCGGACUCCUCCAGACUUCAGAGACCACCCCAUCACAUGCUACUCUCUCCUAGCUAUGGCUUCCCUGACCAAGAUUCUGAUCAUUGGACUCAAGCCCAGCCUGAAUGUGUGGAUGACUCUUCCCUACACUAAGUCUGAUCCCAGCAGCGUGCCUCAGCUGGCCUGGCAGUUUGUUCCUGUCCAGAAGACGGUCAACCCCAUGCUGGCCUUUUGUAAAGGAGACUCAGUCCACUUCCUGCUGGUGAAGAAGGAGGAGACGGGCACCAUCCAUGUGAUCAAGCAGAGGCAGCUGCAGCUGAGUUGUGACAUCAUCAACCUGAACUGGAUCAACAGUUGCAGCCUGGUGCUGCUGGACAGCCAUGAGAAGCUGCACGUGGUGGACCGGCCCACCCAGGACGUCCUGGAGACGCUGGACCUGGAGCAGGUGCAGCUGGUCUACAACAGCCGACACUUCAAGUCCCUAGCAACUGGAGGCAACGUCUCCCAGGCUCUGGCGCUGGUUGGAGAAAAGGCCUGCUAUCAGUCACUCUCAAGCUAUGCAGGACAGAUCGUCUGCCUGGGCACCAAGUCAGCUCACAUUAUGUCCCUAAGGAACUGGAAAGAGCGUCUGGACUGUUUACUGAAGCAGGAGCAUUUCACUGAGGCUCUGUCUCUGGCCUGGUCCUUCCAUGAAGGCACCGCCAAGGCUGUGGUUGGCCUUCAUGGAGAUUCACAGAGAAGGAAGGCGGUUAUCAGCGACAAGAUGGUAGAGAUUCUUCUCCAUUUUACAGAGUACGCUGUGAAGAAAUGCCCAGAACAGGGCAAGCUGCAGGUCAUGGAGCAGCAUUUCCAGGAAAUGGUACCAGUCCUGGUGGAUUAUUGCCUCCUGCUGCAGAAGGCUGACCUGCUGUUCAACCAACUGUACUCUCGGCUAGUGGAGAAUAUGGUUGCUAAGGGCGUCUUCCUGGAGUCACUGGAGUCGUACAUCGUCGCCAAUCGGCUUGGUCACAUCACUACGCCUGUUAUGAAGGAUCUCCUGGCACAUUACCAUGACAACGGUAUGAUGGACAGCCUGGAGAGAUGCAUUGUCCAUCUGGAUGUCACAAGUCUGGACAUACAGCAGGUGGUCCAGGUGUGUUGGAACAACCAGCUCUAUGAUGCAGUGAUCUAUAUUUUCAACCGAGGCAUGAAUGACUACAUUACUCCGAUGGAGAAACUCUUUUCAGUGAUUGGUCCCAGAGUCAGAGAGGGGCAGAGCCUAACAGGUGAUGAUGUGGUGAUGGGGAAUAAAUUACUAGUUUACAUAAGCUGCUGUCUUGCUGGAAGAGCCUAUCCGAUUGGAGACAUCCCUGAAGAUCUGGUUGUUCAGGUCAAAUACCAGGUGUUUGAGUUCCUGAUCCGUCUCCAUUCAGGCGACUCCUCACAGAAGGAGGAAGUCUUCCCAUUUAUUCACACACUCCUCCACUUUGACACUCGGGAGUUCCUCAAUGUCCUUGCCAUGACGUUUGAUGAUGUCCAGAACGACAAGCAGGCCCUGGAGUACCAACAGAGGACAGUGGACAUCUUACUUCAGGUAAUGGUGGACAACCCUGACUUCACUCCCUCCCAAGUCGGUGGUCUCUUCACCUUCCUGGCUCGCCAGCUGGCCAAACCAAAUAACACACUGUUUGUGAACAGGAACCUUUUUGAUCAGGUGCUGGAGUUCCUGUGUUGCCCUGACGAUGACUCUCGACAUACUGAACGGCAGCAGGUUCUGCUGGAGCUGCUGCAGGUCGGGGGGGUGGUCCAGUUCAACGAAGAACGGCUCUUCACACUGGCAGAGAAAGCCAAGUUCUACCAGAUCUGUGAGUUCCUUUAUGAGCAGAAGCAUCUGUAUGACCGCAUCGUGGACUGCUACUUACAGGACCCACUUCGAAAGGCGGAAAUCUUCAGCUACAUCCACAACCUAAUGUCCAUGCCGGGCUACAGCUCCGAGGAGAAGCUGAAGGUCAAGGAGAAGGUGCUGCAGCACAUGCAGGAGCUGGCAAGCCUGGAUCCUGGUAAAUUAGCUGACCUGGUGGUGUGGCACUUCACAGAGGAGGUGCAGACCAUCAUCUCUGAGCUGCAGGACGACAGUCUACUUUUCCAGUUCCUCCGCUGCCUCCUGGAGUCUCAAGAAGGAUCUCAGUCCGUGUCCCGGCUGCCUCUGGAGUCUGAACUUUAUGAGCUUCUGCUGGACCUGAUGUGCCGCUUUGAACCACAGGAGCUUCUGAAGUUUCUCCACACCUCCCAGCAUUACAGGCUUGAGGAGGCCAUACAGAUAACGGAGAAGUACCACUGUAAUGAAGCCAAGGCUUAUCUGCUGGAGAAGAAGGGAGAUAUUCCUGGAGCAUUUGCUGGAUUGCUGCAGACCCUGAAGGAAAGACUGGAUGUCCUCGCUGCAGAGAUGAGUGGCGGCAUUGGAGGAGGAGUUGACGGACAGGACGAAGAGGAGGCGGAUGGUGAAUUCACACUGACGACAGUGAAGAGUUCACUCAACCAAAUGAUUCUCUUCUGUCAUCGAAACUGUCAGAACCUUGAUCAAGAACAAAGGAAGGAUCUGUGGUUUCCACUCCUGGACACCAUGAUGGCCUCUCAGAAGGAAGUCAUGGGGCUCAGCGAUAAACAUAUCUCGAAUGGGCUGAAGGAGAUGACCCUGAAGGUUCUCAACUGUAUGAGCAGCUUUAUCUCACUUCCUGCCAUCAUUCAGCAUAUCCUACAGGUGAGUAUCUGUCAUUUGUCAGUGAUGAUAGAUUAUGGUUUAUUUCAGAAGGCUUCUCUGUGCGUGUCUCUGCAGGACGACAGUCUACUUUUCCAGUUCCUCCGCUGCCUCCUGGAGUCUCAAGAAGGAUCUCAGUCCGUGUCCCGGCUGCCUCUGGAGUCUGAACUUUAUGAGCUUCUGCUGGACCUGAUGUGCCGCUUUGAACCACAGGAGCUUCUGAAGUUUCUCCACACCUCCCAGCAUUACAGGCUUGAGGAGGCCAUACAGAUAACGGAGAAGUACCACUGUAAUGAAGCCAAGGCUUAUCUGCUGGAGAAGAAGGGAGAUAUUCCUGGAGCAUUUGCUGGAUUGCUGCAGACCCUGAAGGAAAGACUGGAUGUCCUCGCUGCAGAGAUGAGUGGCGGCAUUGGAGGAGGAGUUGACGGACAGGACGAAGAGGAGGCGGAUGGUGAAUUCACACUGACGACAGUGAAGAGUUCACUCAACCAAAUGAUUCUCUUCUGUCAUCGAAACUGUCAGAACCUUGAUCAAGAACAAAGGAAGGAUCUGUGGUUUCCACUCCUGGACACCAUGAUGGCCUCUCAGAAGGAAGUCAUGGGGCUCAGCGAUAAACAUAUCUCGAAUGGGCUGAAGGAGAUGACCCUGAAGGUUCUCAACUGUAUGAGCAGCUUUAUCUCACUUCCUGCCAUCAUUCAGCAUAUCCUACAGGAUCCAGUUUAUGGAAGAGGAAAGCUGGCGGAGAUCCAGGGACUCAUUCUGGGCAUGCUGGACACGUUCACCUAUGAACAGACUCUGCUUGAAACAACAACAAAUCUGCUGAACUACGACCUCCACUGGUCCCUGGCACACCUCCGCUCCGCCGUCACCAGAGGGCUCCAUCCACGUCAGGACUGCUGCAACAUCUGCCUGCAGCACUACAAGAGGAAGCAGGACACUUCUGAGGAGAUCAUUGUGUUCAGCUGUGGCCACCUAUACCACCUGCAGUGCCUGCAGCAGAAGGAUUGUGGGUGGGGCGUGGCCUCGGAGCCGCAGCAGCCAUGGAGGUGCUACAAAUGUUCCUCCAGCCAUGGAGGAAGGGGCGGGGCUUGUACUGAGCCAAACAGAAGCCGCAGCGCAUCUCUCGCCCAGACUCGGUUUUCAUCAGGACAUCAUGAGAAAGGAGCUGAGACUCACAGGAAGAAGGUGGUUGCUGUGGCAACAUUGGAUGUGCAGCAGGAACUCUCCUGGGAUCACUUGCGAGGGUUGUACAGAGGACCGUCCAGGCUGUCCAUCCUCUCUGAGGUUUCACACGGCCAAAGCAGUGAGAAAACAGGCUUCCUGCUUCCAGUCCAGCCAGAGAGUUUCCACCUGAAGCUCGCUCCUCCUCCUCUGUUUGAAGAGUAGUUCCUCCAGGGCCUCAAGGAAACAUUUUCUGCUUCUGUUUCGGGUCGUCCCUCAGUACUUUUAUUAUCCUGAAGCAUUAAAACAUUAACAUAGCUAACACAUGUUCACUGUUAUUGUUCUCCCACUACUGUGACUUUAUUCUUCAUUUUAUCUGUUCAUCCCUCCAUCCAUCCACUUAUUCAUCACCCUCAGGGUCUUUAAUGAUGGAUAGAAAUAUCAGAAAGGGGUGCAGCAACCAAUGUGAUAAUGAUGUAAUUUAAGCUAACAUUAGCAUUUUAGCUAAUUUUAGCUUUAACGUGGGUUUUUGCAUACUGAUUGGAGUCUGUCACCCACUCUGCCUGCCAGUUUUUCUGUAGAAAUGUGUGGUCUUUGAUAUCUUUGGCAGUGAGAGCAAUCAGAAUGAAUUACGGUGUCUGACUGUGCUUUGGUACCUGAAGCAGAAACACAAACAUGUUCAUGAUUUUUGUAAUAAAACAUUGUGCGGUAUUUCA